AUGUCUACGGAGGAUGCUUUUUUGCCUCUGAGGCGCAUCAUUCUUGGGGCGUUGGCGAUUUUCUGUGCUUUUGCGUUUGGCACUCUUCAGAGUUUGGAUGCAGUAAAGUUGUUUAGCUAUUUGCGUGCGAACGUUUAUCUUCGCCGCAUCAUGGGGUCGUGCUUGGUGGUGAAUGGUGUUUUUUUCCUUAGCAUAUGGGUUGCCUCCCUUCUUUUUUCUUAUAUGUGGACCUUUGGAGAGACUUUUAUGUGGAGCAGCGAUGCUGCCGUUAUUGAUAAUGAGAGCGGCGGAGGAAAAGCGGCAGCCACAAUGAAUGGGAUCGGUCUUGCGGGGAAAGUUUGGUUUUCUGUGUUUGAUGUGAUGUGGGUUCUCCCCGUCUAUGCGCUCACUCAGGCUCUCGGUGUGCGUUGGUACAGCGCUCUCUAUACCGAGGCCUACGCCGAGAAAAAACGUCGUGCGUCCUCGUUGGGGGUGCAGUGGGCAGCCAAGGAGUCCGGCAGGGAUGACGACAUGUGCUUCUCGGGUGCCUCGCAGGGCGCUGAAGAUUCUUUUUCUCUUCGCAGUGUCGCGGUAUCUCUUAGCGAGAUCAUGUUCAAGGCACUGGUGACAGCUGUAUACGCCCUUGUGGCCGCGGUGGUGGAUAUCAUUUUCCCCUUUCCAGUUGGACAUUAUCUUGCCUUCAUUAUGAAUAGUUGGCUGUACGCUUUUUACGUCUUUGACUAUCGUCUUUCUUCACAGUAUUUAUUUGACCGUAGGUCACGACGUCACAUCCGCGUAACUCUAUCGGCAACACUAAAGUUUUUUGAAAUACAGUGGGCCUAUUUCUUGGGGUUUGGUGCCACCCAUUCGAUCAUUACAGCUGCUAUACGGUCUUCUUGGUUAGCAUCCUCGUGGUUUUCUAUCGCGUCGGUGACAUCCGUCCUUUUUGGGGCUCACAUUGUUAUUUCUGUGGAGGCAACUCCGGCCCCUCGCGCACCAUUUCAUGUGCCAAUGUUCACACCGUUCUUCGCUCUCUGUGGUAUGGUGCUGCGCAUGGCUGUGGGAGCCGUGCGUUGA